AUGACAGUGAGCAUGAGAAAAAUUAGCGAUGUACGCACGCUUGUAAUCCCAUUGAAUUGCAAUAGGACGCAUCAAAUGGCUGAUCCACGUGACGGGAAACGUGUCGAGAAUUAUGAGAGGAGGAGGUGGUCCUGGGAGGCAUCGGGCGAAAGCAGAGCAACUGUCAAGCAUCAAUAUCAUCGAUUCUGCUGCUGUGCAUCGAUCGGUGAAGAAAAUGACUUCACAUCAGAUGGUGAGGAGAGCGGUGGUGGAGCAGGAGGCGAAGAAGCCGUGGAUCUCACCGCGGCGAGAUCUCAUCAGGGCGACGAAGACGACAAGGAUGCCGACGAUGCUCUGGGCGAGGACGAAGAGGACGGCGGUGAUGAACAAGACGAGCAAUACGAGGACGAGGAGGGCUCGCGAAAACAGAUUCGCCAUCGACAGGACGCGGAGAACAACAACAGUUUUGUCGGGAGCGGUUCGACUUCCGCCGGAAUAUUUCCACCUGCUGGAACUAGUCAUGUCACUCUCGAGGCCCUUCAAAAUACGAAAGUUGCGGUCGCGCAGUUCGCCGCAACCGCCCUCGCUGGUGGAGUCGAUAGCGACGCGGCAUUGCAGGAUCUGGCGAUUCUACAAAGUACGCUAUACAAUCUUCAGCAUCAACAGGUACUCCAGUUACAGUUUAUCAGCCAGCUUCAGCAACAAUUAUCGAUCACUCAAAAGCAAUCGGUAGCGCCACCGUCGUCGGUAGAGGCAGCUGAUAGCAAGGAGGCCUCGUCGUCUCCCAUCAUCCAUCCGAAACCAUUGUCGAGUCUGACAUCGCCACCUUCUUCCCGGCCACCGAGUCAUCAUCAUUCAUCGCCAGCACCGCUGACGCCGAAUCUGCUUCAAGAACGACCCACCUCGACGAGCAGUGCCUCUCCGUUGAAUCUACCCCUGUCUUCGUCCGGCACUACGUCGACUACCGCUACGACUACCAGCAGUCAAAUCUCACUGUCGCAUCAAAUGCCGCCUCUUUGCUCGAUCAGCUCUUCCCUCGCUUCGUCGAUCAUAACGAACAACGAUCCACCGCCGCUUCACGAGCCGAACACGCUGGAGAUGCUUCAGAAACGAGCUCAGGAAGUCCUGGACAAUGCGAGUCAAGGUCUAUUGGCCAACAACCUUGCUGACGAGCUCGCGUUCAGAGGCAGUAAAGGCUCACGACUCUCGCCUUACGAUUCGAAAACGAGCGGUGGUCGAGGCGAGCCCUUCUUCAAGCAUCGAUGUCGUUUCUGUGGCAAGGUCUUCGGCAGCGAUUCAGCCCUACAGAUCCACAUACGAUCCCAUACAGGUGAGCGACCCUUUAAGUGCAACGUCUGCGGCAGCCGAUUCACCACCAAGGGCAACUUGAAGGUCCACUUUCAGAGGCAUACGGCCAAGUUUCCACACGUAAAGAUGAAUCCGAAUCCCGUUCCAGAACAUCUAGACAAAUAUCAUCCGCCCCUCUUGCAGCAAAUUGCUUCCGGGCAACGGCCGAUAUCCCCGCCUCCGCCACCCCUCGCCAUUCAUCAUCCCUCGUGUCAUCCGGCACGUAGGGAGCACAGUUUCCUACCACCACAGCCGCCUUUACCUCUCAGUCUCACCUCGCCCGGCAUGAUCCUUUGCCGAUUACCGGUUAUUAAUCACCGGGACGACCAGGACGUGCCGGAAAACCUUAGUAAACCCGUAACCUCUGCCCCGCCGACGUCACCUACUUCCCCCGCCGCUGUAUCGAACUCUCAUCAUUCCUUUCACGACAAUCAUCAACAACAACAACUACAACAACAAAAGCAGCAACUCGAGCAGAGGGAGGAGAUAAAGCUCGAGCAGAGGUCACCUGGACAGGAGCAAUACCAGCAACGACCGAUGAGUCAGGAAGACUCCGGACGUAUAACCCCGAAGAGAGAACCCGAAGAGACGGACGAACCCGUGGAAACGGAAGACGGUGAGGAUUUUGAGGAGACAACGAGGCGAUCUCUCAAUUCACCUUCGUCCUUGGUGAACCCGUCGUUUCAACCGCAAACGUACGAGGAUUGUAGUAUGGACAGUAAGAUGAGUGGACGAUUAGAGGGCGACGGAGAGAUGGAAAUAGACGAAGAGACGGAGGAACAACCGGAGAACCUUUCUGGCAAAGGUACGAUCAAUCGUUUACCCCAACAGAUGAUGGCAUACCCUGGAGCAUCUCCGGCUAGUAGUAGCGCGAGUAGCGGUAGUCUACAGACAUCCUUCGCCGGGAUUCUAUUCCCGAGCGCCCCGACUCAUCAUCAAAUACCUCCUCAUCUUCCGGCGGUUUCCGUCCCUGGACAGACGCCGGUCGUCUCCGCGAGCGAGAUGAUCGAUCCAUCUAAGGAUCCAGCGAUUUAUUCGAGCUUGUUACCGCGACCGGGUAGCAAUGACAAUUCUUGGGAAAGCUUGAUCGAGAUAACGAAAACUUCGGAGACGUCAAAAUUGCAGCAGCUAGUCGACAAUAUCGAGCACAAGCUUAGCGAUCCUAAUCAGUGUAUCGUUUGUCAUAGAGUGCUCUCGUGUAAGAGCGCGUUACUAAUGCAUUAUCGCACUCACACGGGCGAACGUCCUUUCAAGUGCAAAAUCUGCGGUCGCGCGUUUACCACCAAGGGCAAUCUAAAGACCCACAUGGGAGUGCAUAGAGCUAAACCGCCACUGAGAGUAUUGCAUCAAUGUCCUGUGUGUCACAAGAAAUUUACGAACGCUCUUGUACUUCAGCAGCACAUACGUCUUCACACCGGCGAACCUACCGAUCUCAGUCCGGAGCAGAUUCAAGCCGCAGAAGUAAAUGAAUUUCCAGGUUGCUAUCCUCAACCACUUUCCUUCUUUCCGCAAGGAUUCGCUCCGAUGCAUCCGACAGGUGCUGGUUUUACCUUAGGAUUCCCUGGAUCUAGACAACCGACCAUCGAGCAACAAUCGAAUGAAAAUGAUAUAGAUUUGAAGGAGGAAUCUCAACAACAACGGCAAAGAUUUAUGGAGGAGCACAGCGAGGAGAUGGAAGAUCAGGAUGACGAGGAGCAGGAUCGCAGAGAAGACGACGACAGGUGCGAGAUGAAUCGCGAUAGACGUAGCGCCGAGAUGAUGGAGAAGGAGCAGGAGCACGAAAGCGAGGAACACGAGCACAGAGACAUAAUACUUCCCAUGUUUUCAACUUCGCUGGCGGCCCUCGAGAACCAAGUGAAGACCAUCACGACGACGAUCGCCACAACGACGAUCGCGAACGCAGCCAGAUCGCCGCCGUCCUUUCACCGAUACAAUGGUAGCGAAAAGAGCGACAGCUCGCCGAUGUCCGGCGCUCCGUUAGAUCUGACACCUCGCGCCUCGUCCACUCCGGCAUCGGUGGCUUCCGCGUCACCGACACCACCACCACCGCCGCCGCCACCGCCGCCGCUGCCGUCCCAGACUGUACCGUCGCACCAUCCGUCGCAUCCCUUCAGCAUGUUUGCCGGAUUGCUGCAAGCGGUCUCAUCCGCACCCGCCACCAGCACGCCAGGCACGUCCAACAUAAAUAGUGUGACGUCGAUGAGCGCAGUCAACCCGGGAAGCGCUCCCGUCAGCGGACCCCUAGCCUCGCUAACCACCUCAGCUGUACUAGCCGCGUCGUCUACUUACAAUCCUCUCGGUCUAGCUGUCGGAGGGCCAGCAGUACGUGGCAACACCACUUGUAAAUUCUGCUACAAGACGUUCGCAUGUCAAUCCGCGUUGGAGAUACAUUACCGGAGUCAUACGAAGGAACGACCUUUCAAGUGCACUGUAUGCGACCGAGGUUUUUCCACGAAGAACGACGAUUCCGGUCAGCAAGUAUGUUCCUGCGCGGAGCAACCCUUCGCCGCGAAGGGUCCGAUCCCCCCACAACCCAAUCCCCAAUACCGCUCGUACCCGGCGAGAUCGGAAACCGCCGGAAAUCGUGAGAAACCGAAACGCAGGCGGCGGCGGCCUGAGGAACGGAAGAACCGGGGGCGGACAGGAGCAGGAGGGGGGCGAAGGCUGACGUCUGUUUAUCCUGCCGUCCGCCUGCCCCCGCUGAUGCCACCCGCCCUCGGACUUCUACCCUCGGACCACGUCUUCCUGGGUAAUAUGAAGCAGCACAUGUUGACUCAUAAGAUUCGCGAUAUGCCGCCGCAUCUAUUCAGCGAUGCAAAGCCACAGCAGCAGCAGCAGCAACAACAACAACAACAGCAGCAGCAGCAACAGCAGCAGCAACAACAACAACAACAAUGUCAGGAUCACGAAACUUCCAGGAGCCCGAUGUGCCCCGAUGAUUCUAGCCUACCACCCCCGCCUCCACCACCACCACCACCCCCACCGAUGCCACCUACGUCAAUCGAGUCCGCGAUACCAGUGAAGAGAUCCCCGCCGGAAGGGGAUCUGCCGGCACCAAAGAGACCAACCAGCGUGCCGAGCAAGCACUUGUGCCAGAUUUGCAAUAAGAAUUUCUCCUCGUCUUCGGCGCUCCAGAUCCAUAUGAGAACCCACACUGGCGACAAACCGUUCCGAUGCACCGUCUGCCAGAAAGCGUUCACCACCAAAGGCAAUCUCAAGGUGCAUAUGGGCACUCAUAUGUUCACCAACGGAACGUCGCGUCGAGGUCGACGAAUGUCAUUGGAUCUACCUCCCCUGCCAAUCACACCCAAGGACUCGGAAUUUCUGCAACGACGACCGGACCUUUUUUACCCGUAUCUUCCCGCACCAUUCCUUAACGGCGUCCAGCAGAAGCUGAACGAGAUCUCGGUGAUUCAAAGUAACAACGGAUUGCCACCUCAUUCCUUGAGCGCGGGCAAGUACGCGGCCAGUUUAUUCGGCUCGGUGUACGGAGCCGGCGGGGCCGGUUUCUCAUUGGACAAGCAGCCGAUGGCACCGACCAGCAACGGACCCCUGGUGGACGGCAAGUCCGCUAUUCCUUCAGGCUCCAUGCUCUUCCAAACACCAUCGCCCGCUCACUCGCCUGGCGCGCCGUCGUCCAACGGCGGUAAUCAGAACUCGGUUAACGUGCCGUCCUGGACCGGCGACGCUCUUCAACAUCACUUCGACCGAGAAACACCGAGCAGAAACGAGAAUGACGCCACGCCGCCCACCGCUGCACGCUUACCGCCGCCGACAGCGAGAGGAGAAGGAUUAGCCGCGUGAAACUUAACGAAUACAUAUCUUCCCAUCUAGCCGUACGAAGGAAGACGCGGCUGUUUAAUCACGGUGACCGAAUCUCCGUCGAGUAAUAAGAGGUAGUAAGAGGCUGAGCGUAUGAACCCUCGAUUCGCGAGAGAAUUCUUCCAGACUGAUCAAUUUUGAAAGAACAAAGAAGGUUCUUCUCGCCCGGUGAGCAAAUGCUAAUGACUAAUAACUGCGAGCGAGUUUGACCCCGUCCCUCCGUCCCAAUCGGCCAAAGUUUCCCCGUCGAUCUAUCGCGGUUCCCUCAGCAUCCACGCGAUUUCCGUGAAAAAUGUAACGGGCUCGUCCGGGAGUAGAGGCAGAAAAAAGCGGUUUCCGCACGUGCGACGGUGAUCCCCGGCGAAUCCCGAUCGGAGGGGUCACAAUGCGACGCGACUAUCUUUUCUAUAUGGUGUUUCCGUGCAUUUCAAAACGGAGGACAAUCUUCUAAGGACUGAGAUAAUCGAUUUACUUGGUAUUUCUUCACGUACGCGAGUACCACGACAUAUCCCUACGUCCCUUCCCUCGUCCAUCAUCUCAUCCCUAACACAGAUAAAGUGGUCUCAGUAUCUACAAAACGAAGACACCAUGUUCCUAUUAUCGCGCUAGUCUUAAUACAUAUAAAGCAGGGGUCGAUAGAUGAAUCGGAUCGAUCCGUCGAUACGGCUUUCCGAGUAGGCUAGGACACCGAAAAUUUCUCAUCUCGAUUCGAAAAAAAAAAAAAAAAAAAACAACUCCCGAACUCGCGUGAUUCGAUCGCGUCAUCGCGUUUAUCGUUUAUUCAAGUCGGAAUGUCACAUCGCCCAUCGGUCAUCGAUGCGGGCGACGAAACGCUCCGCUUAGAUAUCAAUCCCGUGCGCAUACGCGAUCGAGUCACGCUUAAAAUGGUACGUAUGUACCAUUUAACGAAUAUAUGUACGCAUCUGGACGUCGAUUCCCAUCGUACGGGAUUCGGGGGGAAUUCCCGCGCUAGACACGGCGCCUAGACUGAGCUCGACUCGCGAGAAAGGCGAGCAUUUAGCGUAUUGGAGCCGCAAGACACGUGGCGUCGCGUCUUAACGGUUCUUUCCCGAUACAAUUUGACCGUCCAUUCGCGAUAGCGAUGGUCACCUCUCUCCGGGUCAUCUAAGGCUACGUUAUAAAUAUAUACAUACAUAAAAAUUAUAUAUAUUAUAAAUA